AUGGAGUUCACCAACGAGUCCGCCCCUGCCUUCUCUCCCGCGGCCCAGGCCUCACGCUGGGCUGCCCCUGCUGCCCCUGGUUUUGAUCGCGCCGCCAUGGGCCACAGUGUGGACGAGACAGCGCGCUCUUCCCCCCCCGCUGCGUCCGAGCAGCAGCAGUGGCAGCGGAACCGGCAGUGGCGACGGAAUCGGCAGCAGCGGCAGCAGCUGUACCUGCGUCAGCAGCAAUGGGUGCAACAACUGGGACAGCAGCAGCGGCAGGUGGCGCAACUGGCGCGGGUGGCGCAACUGGAGCAGCAGCUGGCGCACAAGCUGCAGCAGCAACAGCGCGACCAGGAGCUGCUGGCGCAGCUGCACGGGCAGCGGCAGCGGCGGCUACGGCAGAUGUACCAGAAGGCGCAGCAGCACAGGCAACGGCGGCAACAACGGAACGAAAACCAGCAGCUGCAGCAGCACAUCGUGCAGCUCCGGACGCAGACCCGGCAUCAGGAACAGCAACAACAGCAGCCGCCACAGCAGCACCCGCACUCGGCCCGCGAAGCGCUAGCCAUGGCGCAUGGUGACGCAGCCCUCGCCCUGCAGCUGCUCGACGGCCGCAUCGACGCGCUGAGCCUAACCCUCGGCGACGCGCUGGAGGAGACGUGGCGGGCGGCCCGGCGGGAGGCGGCGCUGCGGCGGGCGCUGGAGGGCGCUGUGGAGCAGAUGUUUGUGCAGGCCGAGAAGGUCGCCGAGCUCAGGGGCACUGUGGCGCACUUGCACGGUGCUGUGGACGCCGCGCUGCAGUGCGUUGCUGUACAGGACGAGAAGCUCGGCGUCUUAGGUGAGGCUGAGGAUGCUUUGCAGGCGGCGGUUUUGAGCGAGGAAGGGGAAGAGGAAGUGUCAGAGGGUGAGUCUGGCUCCGAGUCUGGGUCUGGCGACGAGUGUGAUUCUGGGUCUGAGUCUGGGUCGGAUUCGGACGUCGGCUCUAAUUCUGGUUCUGGUUCCGAGUCUGGUUCCGGAUCCGAGUCUGGCUCUGACGAUGAUUCCGAGUCUGGCUCUGACGAUGAUUCCGAGUCUGGCUCCAAGUCCGAGUCUGAAUCUGGCCCCGACGCCGACACCCUCUCGUUCCUCUUCUGCAACUGCCCCGUAUGCGUGGAAACUUUUGGCCCCUCGGGUGACUGCCCCGUAUGCGUGGAACACUUUGGCCCCUCGGGUGGUGAGCAAGUCAUCGUCAAAGAAGAAGAAGAAGACGGAGACGAAGAAGGGGCCGCCGCACUAUCCCCCCACACGGACAGUGAGGGCGACGCAGACAGCUUCGAGAGCAGGGGGAGCAGUGACGACGAGGAAGUGGGUGCAUCGCUAGACCCCGGCAGCGACAGCGACGAAUACAUCGCCGUCAGUGGAGAGGGCAGCUCCAACGGCAGCUCCGACGACUGGGAGAUGCUCUGAUCGCCCUCCCUCGCUACCCAGAGGCACCCGUGCACGCCGGCCGGGGGACGCAAAAAGAACAACACGGCUUGUCCUGUCCUGUCC